AUGUCUUCUUCUGCUCAUUCAGAGAGAAUUAUAUCUCAUAUGAAUAAAGAUCAUCAAUUGGCUUUAAUUGAUUAUGUAGUUGUUUAUGGUGAUGUUGAUCCAAAAUAUUUGGUUGAAGAUUCAGUUCAAAUUAAAUCAGUUGAUGAAAAACAAAUAGUUAUAGAAUAUGACCGUAUUAAACCAAACCAAACUAAAACAUUAUUAUUAUAUUGGUCAGAUGCUAAAGAAAAUGAGGAUAUUAAAGUCAAUGGUUUAUCUGAUAUUAAAUCAAAAUUAAUUUCCAUGGCUAAAUAUUGUGCAAAUGAACAAGGUUUUGAAGUGAAGAAAUUGACAAAAGUGAUUGGUCCUACUUUAUUGAGUUUACCAAUGUAUCCAAUCUGGUUAGUAUUAAUUUUAAACUCAAUUAAUCCAAUUAUUUUAAGAAAUUUAUUCAAAAACGAUAAUUUAUUGAACACAAUUUUGAGCUAUUUACCUUCAAAUGUUCCUCAUUUAUAUUCUCUCUUUGAAAAUCAUUCAUUGAGAAUUGCAAUUGGCUUAGGUAUUGUCCAUGCAACUGAGGUUUUAUUAUUUACAAGAAAUUAUUUAAGAAAAUAUAGAACUCCUACUAUUCAAAGAUAUCAAUGGUAUAUAAUGCAUUUGAUUGAAGGUUUCUUUGUUAUUCUCAGACUUAAGAAUGCUACUAAAUAA